GACUUUCUCACCCGUGGGUGCAGCGCAGGCGAAGGUUAUUAGUCUGGAAUCAGAACUUUCUGUGGUUUUCUGCAAAUUGCUUAUUUCGCGCUCAGGUGUUUCUAUGUGUGAAGCGUUUGUUGUCACCAUGGCCAGCCUGAGAGCGUUCAGUGAGCCAAUUGAGAGGAUUACUUCAGAGCCUGUGGAGGACACAGACACAAGUAGCUUCAUGGGAAGCAUGUCAUUAAAGUCCACCUAUCCAGUUCAAGUCACAGAGCCCCAAGAUACAGUGACAUUACAGUUCCCAUCCAUGACCCCUGGAUGUAUAACAAGCCCAACAAGCAGAAUACAACAGCCAGUGGAAAACAAUGGAAGUGAAUGCAUUUGCCGCCCAUCAAUCUCUUCAGGUUUCACAAAGGACCUGGAGUACCUGAACAGCUCGUGUGACAAGUGCUGCUGUCCUGCUCCGGCGCCCAUGAUCAGCGACCUGAUGAACGACGGUGACCUGCUGCAGCGGCUGCAGCAGAAGCUGGACCCGGCCCACUGCACGGUCAAGAACUGGAAAAACUUUGCCAGCCGCUGGGGCAUGAGCUACGACGAGCUGACACUGCUGGAGCACCGCACACAGGGCUCGCCACAGCACAGCCCCACGCAGGAGUUCCUGCUGCGCAACAACCAGAAGAGCGUGCGCGAGCUCACUGAACUCUGCCGCUUGUACCAGCGCAUCGACGUGCUGCGCCUGCUGCAGCGCUGGAUGGAGAACGACUGGCCCUCGCGCUGGCAGCACGCCCACUAGUCAGCGGUCGGCGUUAGGGACGGACGGACCCGUGGCCCUGGCUGAUGGAUGAUGUAAAACGUCAGAAUGUGACUUUUGUUUACUUUUUUUGGAAUCAGUCUUGAAGGACUGAUGCCGCCUCUUCAAGUACAAUUUUCUCUGAUGGAUCCACAUAGCUACACUGAGUUUAUGUUUGUUAUUGUUAUUAAUGCUCAUCUUUGACUGAUUGCUAAGGGAAGUUUGGAAAAGCGUACCUGACUCUUGUAGAGUUUUAAUCAGGAUAGGGAUUGUUUGGGGCCUGUUCUGCCCUACUAAGGCAAAAGACCUUAACUCACCAGAGUGUGAAACUGAGAAAAAUGACUUUAAAGUUAUCUUAAUGUCCUGACAAUUGAGUAAUAGGUAUAAUAUUGUAAUUUUCACAUUUUGAAGUGUAUACCUGUAUUAAUCUAUCUACAAAAAAAAAUGAACUCAAAUUUGACCUUUGACCCUUUUUUGGAAGUUACUGUAUUCUGCCUUAGUAUUGUCUACAAAAUGACAAUCGGUCAUACUAAGGCAAAAUACCUUAACUUCUAUUUCAUAGCACAAUGUUAUGAUAACAAUGUUAACUUUCACUUAAAAUGUAAGCAAAAUUAACCCUAUUGGACUCACUAUGAUAAAAUGGCUUCACAUUUAUCAACAUCAUAUGGAAAUUAUAGUUUUUUUUUUUUUCAUUUUUUCUGUAUUUCAUACUCAUACUAGUACCACACAGACAGUCACUUCUGACAGAUGUCAGAAUUAAGAAUGAGAGUGUUUUGAUGUUUUAAUAUAUAUGAAGCAGUAUUUGCAUUAUUAUCAUGAAAUCAGGAAUACCUUUUGAUGAUGUGUGUAGGUCUUUUCAAAAUUAAGAUUAAACACUGUAGCCUAGGCCUAUACAUUUUCCUGGAUAGAAUAGAAACUUGCAAAUGCAGAUGAUAAAACAAAGUUCUCCCACACAAAUUAGGUAGAUUAGGAUGUGAUUGGUUGCCUUUAUUUGGUCAUUUUAUAUUACUGCAAUUUAAAGCUGCCUGCUUUGCGACUAGCUUUAUUUCCCCACUAACCCGCAGCUACACUAAACUUUAGGAUUGCAUUGAUAGAAUUGACAGCCUGUAACAACUUGGGAGUUUUGACUAGCCGGCAGCAAGUUUUAAAAACUCGUGGCAGAUUUAAUGGAUUUGCUUUCUCAUCGGUUGUUUGGUAUGGAUUUUAACCAGGGUUCAACAAAAGGUAGGCUUUUUACUUCAUUCCUGCUGCUGGUGUGUGUGUGUGUGGAAGGUGUGUCGUUGUGUUGCAGUCAAUGGCUAUCAUUUGCAGGCGAGAGCUAGCAUAUGAGAAACUAUUUUUUUCCAGUUGACAUGUAGCCUUGUAUUACGGGCUGUGAUGUGAAUUAAGAUAUCCUAGGCUACAAGCCAUGCUCUAAUGCACCGCUUGUUACUGAAUAUGUUGUUGAGUUUAGGCUUUUAAGUUAGGCUAAUCUUGAUAGCCUAGCCUAUCUUUAAUGCACCAGCAUAUAUCAUUCCUUGAUAUUGCCAUUUAGGCUAGGCUACGUUUCAAAGCUAUCCAUCUAACAAAAAGCAAGCACUGCAAAACAUGUAAGCUACUGUAUACACGUUAUUGAAGUUAGUGUGUGUCUGAGGUGAUUUAAUUGAAUAAUGCAUAGCCUAGACAUAACUCCAGCCGGCAAAACAACUUCACGUUGAUGGUCGGUCAGAAGGCAGCUUGCCAUAACUUUGCACCGUAACUUCAAUCCAGUGUUUAGUAGCAGCGUGAAAGGAAGGCAUAAAGCCGUAUCUGAUGUUACGGGCUUCUGCCACAGUUUCCCCUUGGCUUUUUGAAGUUACGGCAAAAACAUAAUCUUAUUUCUCCCAAAAAACAACCAAAUUGAAACUUGAUGUUUGUCUACAUGAUAAAACAUAUGCUUAUUGUCCUAAUAAUGACAAAAACGAAUUUUCGCCAAAAUCGAAGUUACGACCUUUUGCCUUAGUGCGGCAGUGUUGUUGAGCGCCUUGCUCAGACUGCUGAUUUCAUUCUGAAGAGAAAUGCACAAUUUUCCAUAUGGCAUAUAAUGAGGUGUCUUAACAAUGAAAUAUGAGAUUGAAUAAGUCAUUGUCAUGGUAUAGUGUUCUUAUUGAUCUCUAAAACCUAAAUCUAAUCUAAUCUGAUGGAUAGAAAAUAUUAUCUGCUUUUACCCAAUAACCCAUUAGUAGUCAUACUUAUUGAACUACUAUCCCAAUAUUCUAAUAAUCUUAACUAUUCUACAUGGAAUUCUCAAAAGAAUAUACUUCUUAGGGGGAUGGCAGAUGAGUUAAAGACAAUGACAUUUUCUCACACUGUAGAUUACUACAAGCAAUGCGUUUAAUGUAUUUUUGUGGUCUUUGAGGGGAACAGAAAAAACAGUUGACUGUAAACACACCUGAAAUGGGAGACAGAUGGGAGCAUAAUAAUUCAUACAAACUAUUUAAGCAGACAGCCUUGUUUCAAUGCUAAAAAGUGGUCACAUGAGAAAUAGUUUAUGGAUUUGACUGUGAAAUAUUAAGUUGUAAAAAAACUAUUCAUACCAUAAUGAUAAGUGCACAGUCUUUAGUCCCUGAGACAUUAGCCGAGAAUUUGUAAGGAACGGUGAGAAGGAUCUGACUCAGAAAAUUGUUGUAACCUACUGUAAAUAUGAUUAAAACAGCCUUGAAACAUCAAAAAAGCUAUUAACCGAACAAAAGCUAUUAACCGUUGACAUUAUGUAGGACCACACUUGUUUUAGGUGUAAAGCUAAACUUCAAUCUGUUCAUCUCCUCUGUGAGGAGUAAGUUAAUUUGGCUUCCAGUCUUAAGUUUCUCAACUGUGUGUACCACACUACUGUCCGAAAUGUCCUGAUGUUCCUAAGUUGAUAGUUUACAAUACUGCUCUCUCUCUACAGCCUUGAAUUGAUAUUUUAGAACACCCAGCAAAUGUAGAGGUGCAUUUCACCUUGUGCGAAAGCUUGCUAUGUGUUUUCCAAAAUGUAUUGUCCUAUAAUUUUCAAUGGCUGUAAGUACCUGGCUAAAGUGUUGGUGAAAUCCGUUCAAAGUGGCUUCUGUUCUUACAUUUAUUUUAAUGCAUUGGUUGUAUAAUUGCAUGGGGUGUGUGGUGCAAUGUUGUCAUUUCUGCUGUAUUUAGUUUUUCUAGUUUUCCAGUAAUAAAUAUGAUUACACACUUGAA